AUGUCCAAAGUUGAAGAGCUAAAGGAAAUGAUCAAUGAACUGCAAAUGAAGAAAAGCACUCGAAGGUGCACGUAUAAGGAAUUUAUGGCAUGUAACCCUUUGCCAUAUAAAGGGGAAAUUGAUCCGAUAACCUGUCGAAGAUGGAUUUCAAGCACCGAGGCCGUGUUUGUGAGAAGUAGAUGCGAAGUGGAGGAUCAAGUAAUGUUUGCUACGGGUCCCCUACAACUCCAAGCAAAGGAUUGGUGGGACGCAUAUUCGAAGGAAUUGGGGGAUGAUAAAGUACAAACAUUAACGUGGCAAGAGUUCAAGGAACCAUUUCUGAAAUAUCAUAGCCCACAAUCCGCAAUUGAUAAGAUUCAAGAAGACUUCUUACGUCUUCGACAAAAGGAUGAAACGAUUGACGAGAUAACGAAUAAGUUCCUUGACAAGGUGAAGUUUUGUGGGGAGAUAGCGGGGACCGAGAGGUCGAGAAUUUUACGUUAUCAUGCUAUGUUAAAGGCUGAAUAUCGUGAGUUCGUAAAUCCCUCCAAGUGUGAAACGUUGAGUGAGUUAAUCGACUGCGCAAGAGAUAGGGAGAUUGAGUUAAGAAGGCAGGUUGAACGGGAGGAGAAAAGGGUGGCGGAGAAGACUACCAACCGAAACCCAUCAAAAAGGCAAGAUAUCACGAUCAAAAUAGGAAAGGGAAGACAAGUAGUGGAAUCCCGACUUGUAAGACGUGCGGGAAACAUCAUUCAGGUGAAUGUUUGCUGGGAAAGAAAGGGUGCUAUAAAUGUGGGCAAGAGGGACAUCCGUAUUAUAAGUGCCCCGAGAAUCCAAAAACGUGCUAUAAUUGCUAUCAAACAGGGCACAUUAAAGCAGAAUGCCCGAAACUUCAACAAGGGGCAAAGAAAGAUGGAAAGAAGGAUGAGCUUUCCAAGGCUCGUGGAAGGAUGUUCCAGUUAA